AUGUCUUUCACCGCUAGAGGUCCGCUCUUGGGGUUUUCUGCUGGAUUGAUCUUGCCAGUGCUUGUCUCCCAAUUUUAUAUCAGGCCUCGUUGGCUAGGCGACGUUCAGAAAGAGAUUUAUAAGCUCAGACACGAGUUGGACUUUGUUGGAUGGAACGUUCGAAUCUUGGAAGAGGCUAAAGGUUUCCAAGAGGCAGACCUCUACCAGCCCUUGACCAUGAGUCACACCCACCAAUGA